UCUGAGAAGGACCGAUGAUAAAAACGGUGUCAGCGGGGAGUUAUGGCUCUGCUCGCAGGUCAGGAGUGCGGCUGAAGUUUUCCGUCGCUAGCUGAAGCUCUUCAAAGUGACUCUCCGUGCUCUCUGUAGGAAGCUGUAGUCCAAAGACGGGUUACUGAGGAGAAUUAUCAGCCAGCAGGACUGCGCUGACACUGACAGCUGGAAAGUAAACAGCUAACAGGCUAACUGCCGCUAGCUCCUCUGAAGCUAGCUAACGUUAGCUGGCUAACCUGGGUGAAUGUUUGGUGCUUUGCCAGCUCCCUCCCAUCCUAAUUCUUGUCAAAGAGCUCGGACGGAGGAUUGCCACAGCAGCACUUUCCAUUCAUGUGGUUUAGGAGGUCGAGACUUUCCGAGCUCCUGUUUUUAAAGCCAGGGACUCAUCGCGUGGUGUCCCAGCUGAGACGGUGAAGACACCGGUCCGAAUCCCCCGUAAAGAGGUGCCAACAGAGGGACAGGAUGCCUAUUCCUCCCCCUCCCCCUCCUCCCCCAGGACCCCCUCCUCCCCCAACCUUCAGCGAGGCGAACACGACUCCUCCUAAACUCAGCUCCUCCGAGGCUAAAGGCAGAGGAGCACUGCUGUCCGACAUCUGCAAAGGAGCCAGACUAAAGAAGGUCGGCGUGGUCAAUGACCGGAGCGCCCCCGUUUUAGAGAAAUCUGGAGGAGGAGGAGGAGGAGGCGGAGGUGGAGGAGGUUUUGGAGGUGGUGGACCAAUGGGAAUGGGAGGUCUUUUCCAAGGAGGAGUGCCAAAAUUACGCCCAGUUGGAGAUGGUUCAGCCGGAGGUUCUGUGGGCAGAUCGGCCCUGAGGCCCCCAGGGUCCCGGUCAGCAGCCCCUCGUCCCCCGACGGGCCGCUCCAGCUCUCCCUCCCCUCAGAACAAGCCCUCUCCUCCAGAGCACCAGCGCUCCCACCGCCCCUCUCUCCCCGACAUCACCCAGGCCUCCACAGGCAGCGGGAUGAAGCACAGCACCUCAGCCCCGCCUCCGCCGCCACCAUUCAACAGAGGCAGCCGCGGCAAUGCCCCUCCGACCCCCAAUCAGAAGGCGCACAUUCCGCCCUCCUCCUCUUCUCACAACAGAGAGAAGCCCCUGCCACCCACGCCCAACAGAGGCCCCACCCCUCCCAGCUCUGUGAAGCCUCCAUCUUCCAGCAGACCGCCAACAGGUGGAUCCUCAGCUCCUCCGCCUCCGCCUCCGUACAGACCGCACACAUCCGGCGGCGUCUCCAACGGGCCGUCACAUAUAGAUGGGGGCGGAGCUCCAGAGCUGCCUCAGAGGCACAACUCUCUGCACAAAAAACACACAUCAGGAGGCAGCAUAGGACGCAGCCACGCUCCACCACCUCCUCUGUCCUCGUCUCCAUCCUCUGGGCAGGGCGGCAGACCCCCACCACCCGCCAGGGAGCCUCCAGGACGCAGAGCAGCUCCCCAGGUGCCUCAGCUCGGGUCCCGUAACGGCGGUCGUGACGCCCCUCCUCCCCCGCCUCCGUACCGCGUCCACAGCUCUGGGUCCUCAGAGUCCCACAGCCGCGUGGGCAAACCUCCUCCACCUCCCUCCUCUUCCUCCUCCAUCUCAUCAAACUCCUCCUCCCGAACCCCGGCUGGACCCCCUCCACCGCCCCCGCCAAUCAGGAACGGCCACUCCUCCAUCUCCUCCUCCAAGUCCAUCCUAGAUGAUUUUGAAUCCAAGUUCAACUUCCACCCGAUUGAGGACCUUCCACCUCCAGAGGAAUACCGGCAUUUCAACAAGGUCUACCCCAGCAAGAACAACAAGGGACACCUGAUCAGGUGAUAACUGAGGGAAACCUAGGAUUAUAAAUCAGGACUUUAUGCUUUUAUUUCCUUGAUGAACUGAACCCGUACCGACCUGUGACCAUAACUGAGCUAUGGACCGAACCAUAACCUCUGUGAGCUGUUGCAUCCUGUUAAGCAAGUAUUUUUAAGUUGAUUUCUGCACCAGUAGAAGCUUUAAGUUAUGAUUUAUCAGGUUUAACCAGACAGAGCUGUGUGGAAUUUGUCAUUUAGCGCCCCCAUGUGGCUAGAAUGGAGUGAUCAUGCAGAUGUUUGACUGUGAGAGUGGCUGUUAAUGAGGCUCUUUCCUAUAAAUCCUCACAUAUCUGCAUAUUUAAAGCUGCUCCUGUUUAACCCUCCAGGGUCCCCCAGAAAAAAGAGCUUUAAAAUCAAAUGAAUUGAUAUUUUUUCCGCUUUCAAAGCUUGAAUCUUUUAAUCAUCUCUAACCCUAAUCAGAAGUAUAAAGUUUUUAUUAAUUUUUUAAAAACAUUUUUUACAUUUUUAUGCCCUUUUGUCAUAAUAGCACCCUCUAUUUUAACAAGAAAAAUGCAGAAUAUAGAAUAUGAAUUGCAGAGUGGAAUUUAUAUGUCAAUGGAUUAUAACAACAUGGAUUUUGUUGAAUGAUUAUUUUUGAGCAGUACAGGUUUAUAUCAAAACCUCACAUUCAGGACUCUAGGGACCCAAACAGGUCCCAUCAGAAAAAGUGCUGAAUCACCAGACUGUGAAGGUAUGAUGAAAAAUGAGGUUUUAACCCUCAGAGCUCACAGCUAUUUUUUUACCAUUAUGUCUCAUCUGGACUUUUUGUCUUAAAAAGCUUGUAAAACU